GCGACAGGGGCGGGGUAACGCGCCGAGAAGGGGCAGGAUCGCAAGCCUUGGCUGGCCGACGCGGGAGGCGGUGACUUGGCCGCGGGCGCUGUUUCUGGUGGGAACUGCUACUUGGAAGCAUGUGUCCUUGGAUGCUUUUCUGGGGCCUUUAGCACUUCCAGAGUGUUGGCCUGUACUACAUUUGGUUUGGGACACCAGCAGGUGGGCGGUCCUGGCUGUGAACAUGACGAAGAUCUUAGUAGCCAAGUUGCUGUGCUUGGUGGGGGUGUUUAUCCUAAUGCUGCUUGGCUCCAUCCUGCCUGUGAAGAUCAUUGAAGCUGAUUAUGAAAAAGCCCACCGGUCCAAGAAAAUCCUCUCUCUCUGCAAUUCUUUUGGAGGUGGAGUUUUCCUGGCCACCUGCUUCAAUGCCUUGCUCCCUGCUGUGAGAGAAAAGCUUCAAGAAGUUCUGAAACUUGGAAACAUCACCACAGACUAUCCCUUAGCAGAGACCAUUAUGCUUCUGGGGUUCUUCAUGACUGUUUUUGUGGAGCAGGUCAUUUUGACCUUCAGAAAGGAGAAGCCCUCAUUCAUUGACCUAGAGACCUUCAAUGCAGGCUCUGAUGUGGGAAGUGACUCAGAGUACGAGAGCCCAUUUAUUGGAAACUCCCGUGGACACAACUUUUACCCAGAGCAUGGUCAUCAUUCCCAUGGCCAUGGCUUAAAUGUUCAAGAGCUCUCCCGCUCCAGCCCACUCCGUCUCUUCAGCCUCGUGUUUGCUCUUUCUGCUCAUUCUAUCUUUGAAGGCUUGGCCUUGGGCUUGCAGGAGGAGGGGGACAAAGUCAUGAGCUUGUUUGUUGGUGUGGCCAUUCAUGAGACUUUAGUGGCUGUGGCUCUGGGGAUCAAUAUGGCGAAGAGCUCAUUGUCGAUGAAAGAUGCCGCCAAGCUGGCUGUCACGGUGAGCUUGAUGAUCCCUCUGGGCAUCGGGAUUGGUGUGGGCAUUGAAAGGACCAAGGGUGUGGCCAGCAGUGUGGCCUCAGUGCUACUACAGGGCUUUGCAGGAGGAACUUUCCUUUUUGUGACUUUCUUUGAGAUAUUGGUGAAAGAAUUAGAAGACAAGAAUGAUCGUCUCUUGAAAGUUCUCUUUUUGGUCUUGGGCUAUGCAGUCCUUGCGGGACUGGUCUUCUUCAAGUGGUAGGUGCAUGAGAAAAGUUUCACUAAAGCACUUCAACCCUUCCAUGGAGACCCCAGGAAGGUAGAGCCCCAAUCUGAAGGAUGCUCCUUCCUCUCCUCCACUUCCCUGUCCACCGGCCCUCAAAGAGGAAGAACUGCCGCCUGUGAGCAGCUUAUACAGAAGAGGGAGUAUUUCCUCACCCCCAUUGCUCAACGUUCCUGCAUGUUGGGCCUUCAGGUGGUGCUGAGCAUGUGGGCUGCCUGUGUAUGAUUAUGUGUUAGAACUCGAUAUCCAGAGGGUAUCUGUGGCCUGGCAGAGAAUUUUCCUGUAGGUUGUAAUAUUACUCUCCUAUAUAUAUAUAUAGCUCUAUCUAUCUAUCUAUCUAUCAGGUGUGUGUGAUACUAUUUACUUUUGGUUAAAAGCAAUGUGACCUCAUGACUGAAGACCACAAAGAGGACAAGAAGUACAAGUGGAAAUGAAGGCUGGGAAAUGGAUUGGGUAAACCACCUCUCAGCAGUUAUAGCAGCAUGUAGAUGUUCCCUUUUUCUUUUCUCUCUUUUCCCCUUUCUCCCUCCCUCUUUCUUCUUCCCCCUUUCCCUCUUCCCCCUUCCCCCUCUCCUCUCCUCUCUCUUUUCUCUUCUUUCUUCUCUUCCCUUCUCUCUUUUUUUUCUCUCUCUCUUUUUCUCUUUCUCUCUCUCUUCUCUCUUCCUUUCUCCCUUUCCCUCUUCUCUGAGUUAAAAGCAGCAUCAUUACUGUAUGGACAUUUCAGAUCUUUGGCCUGACUUACACCUGACCCCUCAGAAGUCUCCUCUGCCUUCAUUUCCAUGUGUUCUGACCAUCCUGGAAGAUGAUGAUCCAGGAAGAACAUUCUUGGAAGGGUUUAGGUAAAAAAUCCCAGUAGCAAGGGUCACCAGAAGUGCAGUAAGGUUGCUCUUGGGCACUUUACCCACAAGUAGCUCCGCUUUAGAUCAAUUACCGGCAGUUAGAUGGAGUGUGCUUUGUGCUUACUAAGGUUAUGUGCUUAUUACUGAUAGGAAAAAGGGAAGGGGGGGUGUACACGUUCUCCUUCCUGCCCUAGAUUUGUCAGCUUUUGAGCAACCAUUGUGUUUUCUGUUUCAUGCUUUCUUGCUAAUUUCACAGGAAUUUUUCUUCCUGCUGAUGACUCGGGGCUACCAGCUUAUUCCAGUCAGUCAGGAGGUGUUGAUGAGAUCUGUGGGGGGCCCAGUCACAGCUACAUACCAGGUUGUCACCUGUUUUUUACCAGAAAGACAUGGCUUGCCCGGGAAAUAUAACUUGGAGGCACCCAAGAAGAUAAAAAGGAAUGGAGGUUGUGCUCCUCAAAUAUUGUCGGGAAAUGGUUCAGGUAUCUUUAUCAACUGAAAAUCAGGGUAUGUCUUUGUCCAGAUUAGUUUUUAGUUUUAAUUGCACCAAAGACCUGAAUUAGUUCAUCUUUGUUGGAAUAAAUUAGUUUGGAGACUUAGAUUGGCACAGCUUCCAGAAGCUGAUUAGAAAGAGGCAGAGCCUGGUAGUUUUUAACCCUUAUAGCCUCUUUAGUUUCCUUCAUGUUUUGUCUCCCUGGUUGUUGGGAUCAAGAAUUAGCCUAUUCAUUCAGUCCACAAACUCCCCACAAACAAAAACCCCACCAAAACUUCAAAGCCACCUCUUCAGAAGCUAAAGGUGCCUGGGAAUUAGGUUGAGAUAGACUUGAGGCUUCCCUAUAUCUAGCCUUUAGAGCUGCUCUCUGUUGAUUUGCUAUUGAAUCAAAGGAACCAAUGAAAAUAAUGCAUUCCUGAGGGGUUAGUGUCUUGUUUGGCUCCUGAUGACCUAUUUUUCAGGGUCUAAACUUUGCCUUUCCUAUUUGGUUCAAAGGAAAGGGCCCUGGGCUGGGAGUCAGAAGGCCAGACAUUGCCACCAGCUUUUUGUGAUACCCUUUGGCAGGUUAUUACUGCUCUCUGAGUACCUUAAUCUGUAAAAAAGAGGCAAUUGGACUAAAUGAGCUGCUCAUUCUAAUACUCAGAUAUGUUCCAACUUCUCUUCCAGGGCUAACAAACUAUAUUCUUCAUUCCCAGUCCCGUUUAGUCUCUGACAUUCAGAAUCUUUAAUCCCGUUAAGCUCUCACAAUCUGUUCUAUGUUUUAAACUAACUUAAAACAUAGUCCCUUAAAUCAGUUCUAACCCCUGAUUAUUGGUGCCUCCCUUACCAGCUGUCAGCACUAAUAGAAACUACCCAGCCAGUAUUUAUUCCCCUAUUUUCAUGAGAGGUAGUGGGUGAGGAAAGGAGGCAGACUGCUACAAUGCUAUUCUUCUGGCCCUUCAAGAGGAAUGGUAACCUUCCUUCUGGGGACCUCCAGUUCAGGGGAUCUGGAGGCUUUCCUUUGGAUAUUUUUGCUUUCUAUCCGUUGCGUUUUCCCCAUUUCUGCUCCUCAUUCCCUCAGUAGAUGUGGGAAGAUGAGACUUCUGUCUGACAAAAGUCUGCAUUGCUGCCUGUAUAUUCGUUUCCUAGUGGCGGGCUGUAUUGAACAGUUCCCCACCCUGAUCUUCAUGUGCUCCUGAGCUCAGUGGUUGGUUUACAGUUACUUAUCAUGGACCAGUGGUUGUGCCAACCUAGACUAAUUAGUUAUCUUAACUAUUUUCAACAUGUAAAUAGCAACUCUCUUGUUCUUGGAUUGCUUGAGAUCAGUUAGACCUGAAUGAAUAUUAAAUGCCCCAGGGAGGAGAUGACUUUUUGGCCUUCCACUUUGCAUCCUUCCCUUUUAGUCCUCUUCCCUAACCAUCGCAAAGGAGUCUAUGGGUUUGGGGAGUUGUCCUUUGAAGCUCUUUUGCUAAUUGUAAAUAAUAUAGAACUUAAUAGUGACUCCUCUUCAAAUUUGGUGGGCAGUUGUAAAUAGAUAUUUAUGUGAAUUGCCCUCCAGACUGUUACUCCUUAUAGAACUUUGCACCUAAAGCCCAGGGUCAAUGUUAGACAUAACAGAUUUAGUGGUUUUGUGUGUUCAGAUGAUGUUUUGAUAAGUUUUUGUUGGACACUACUCUCCUGAAACAAUUCUGCCAGCUCUGCUUGGAGAGUGUCCUGAUUUCAAAUAUCAGAAGGAAAAUAGACCCUUCCUUCUUUGUUCUUAAAUGAAUAAAGCACAAUGUGGCCUUGGGAGUACUUAUUAUGCUCUUUGAACUUCCAUCACAUGGUGAUCAGUGACCACUACUCUUUGACCAUCUUUGAGCAGCCCCCUUGCCACUAGGUGAAUUCUUUUGCCUGGAGCUUUAGGGGAAAGAUUCAGAGACUGACCUGGGGGCAGCUGAUUCAGAGACUGAUCUGGAGACAGCUGAAUGGGGGAGCUGCUAAGGGUUAGCUUGGGUUUUUUGUUGAAGACAGUGAAAGGGAAGAGGGUUGAGGCUCUUCUAGCUGGCAAAGGAUCAAGUGUAGUUUUAAGGAGUGUAGCCACAGAAAUAGAGGUUCUGGUAGAAAGUCACUUGUGCCACUGCCUUUGUAGCAUUAUCACAAAGUGGCAGUUGUGUCAUGAAAUGAGCAAGGCUGCCAAGAAUUCUAUGAGUGGGUUUUUCUGGCUUCUUAGGAAUUUCUUCAAGAGGCAAGUUUGACCAAUCCAGAGGACCUCCACUUGUUAGCACAUGAGAAGAUACAGGAUCAGUCUGCCCUGGUUGCUCUUAACCGUUUUCUUCUGCUACUGAAUCAGAGACUCAGAAGAAGCAUUCGCCCUCUGGAGUAGUGAGCCACAUGGGCAGAACUGCCUCCUGCUCAUUUCAGUACACUUGCAGAACUUAUCAAGUCAUUGGGGUGAAGGGGAGGGACUUUGGGACUUCCAGGAAGCUUGUUUACCCUGUUGGAAGCUCACCUUACCUACAGUUGACCAAUUUACCAUACUGACCAUCUAACUCAGCACAGACAACUUCUUCAGCAGAGCUGGCCCAGCUUCCCUCUUGGUGCUUUUGCCGUUUUCUUGGUUCUGAUUGGAAGUACCCAAGCCCAGCACCACGGUCAACCUCCUCCACUUCUUCAACCUGGCAGCUGGGGGAGGAUUAGAAAAACACUUGACCUUUCUGAGCCUCCUCCAUAAAACUGUGAGGGAGGGGCUAAAAUGAUCUUUAAGGUCCUUUCCCUAAAAUUUUAUUAUUCUGAUUAUGUAAUUCUCCGUUUUAUUUGCUGUACAUACUAAUGAGUGAAUAUUAAGUUCUUUCCAGCAUCAAAUUACACAUUUGUAUUAAAUGUGGUGUCUGAAUGUGUGUAUGUGUGUGUCUGGAUAUGUGUGCACAUGUCCCCACAAAAAGAGCCCUCUCAACAUUGUGCAAUGAUGUGUUUGGUCUACCCAGUUAUGAACAAAUUAGCUGCUAUUCAUACCUGCAGCUCUUUCCUUCCCUCUGCCCAACUUGGCACUCCUCCAUUUCCCAUUGUCUCUCUCUCUCUCUCUCCUAUAUUCUCAUUUCUCUAGGAGCUCAUAUGAAACAGAAUUGUGCCGACAGAACCACUGAUUUAAGUUUUAAGGCACUAAAAUGUGGAAGGAGGGAGUGGAAUGGGACUUGUUUCCUUCCUUAAUGAAUUCAUUUAAUCUCCAUCUUGCCUUGAUGGCCGCCUUCCUUUGCUAGAGUUAAAAUUAAAAGGAAAUUUCCCAUCUGAACAGGCAGCAGCAUUAAUUCCAUCCAUGUUGCUGACUGGAAUAUAGUGUCUAGAGCUGGUUGCAGCUGGAGUUGCAGGUACCGGUUAGCAUUAUGGAAAAGAGAUUGCAUUGGCAAUCUCAAACCUGGCUUUCCAUUUUGAGCUCUGCUAUUUCUUAGGCUCAAGGCCUUGGACAAUCAUACAACAUACAACAAAAGGAAGGGAGGUGCAUGAUCCAGCUUUGCUACCUACUAGCUUUGGGGCAUUGGGUGAAUCACUUCUGUAAGCCUCAGUUGUAAAAUGAUGCAAUCUGUAAAGCUUCUUCCACUUCUAAAUCUACAGCCCCUUUUCUGUAAAAGUCAUUGGCCUUUACUAAUAUUUUAAGGUUUCCUAAUUUUCCUCACAAUAAUCUUAUAAGGCAAGUGGGGCAGUUAGCCCCAUUUUAUAAAUGAGGAGCCGAAGGGUCAGAGUUAAGGAGUUUAUCCAUAGUUAACAUAAUUAACUGUAAGCAAGCAUUACAGUUUGGCUUCAAAUCUAAUAAAUUCAAUUCUAAAAAAUAUUAA